AACUUGUGGUUGAGGGUACUAAUUAGUGCCUCUAAACGCGCAUAUAUACAUAUGUAUAUAUAGUAGUGCCUCUAAACUCUGUUUUCAUCCUAAAACCAAAACAAACACUAGUUUCCUUUCCUGCUUCACUUUUAGUUCUUAAUUGGUACAAUACAUCAACCGCAAUAACAGAAAAAUGAGUGUAGAAGUAUUGGAUGCCACCACCAUUGUCAACUUUGUGGAAGAUGAAGAAGCAUUCCACAUGUUCAUCUGUGAUCGUUUUGCUGACCUUGAUACCAACCAUGAUGGUAUUCUUUCCUAUGCUGAGAUGUUAAAGGAGCUCAAGUCUUUAAGGGUGUUCGAAACUCAUUACGGCAUUGACGUCAAACCCGAGCCAGGUGAGCUUGCUCAGGUUUACAACUCGCUGUUUGAGCUGUUUGAUCACGACUCAAGCGGCACAAUCGAACUGGAAGAGUUUGAGGCAGAGACCAAGAGAAUGAUGCUGGCCAUGGCUAACGGGAUGGGAUUCUUGCCUGUUCAGAUGGUGUUGGAAGAAGACAGCUUCCUCAAGAAAGCUGUUGAACGUGAGACCAGUAAAGUGGUUGCUUAAUCUUAACUUUAAGCAUGUUUGCAAUCAGCCUGAUACAUUAACUAUAAUUGAGUUUGUUCGAGAGUUUAUAUGUUACUAAUUUUUUGUGUUCCUGUCUGUUGCUUUUCUUUUCUUUUCUUUUUCCUUUUUCUUUCUUUUUCGGGUGUAAUUUGAAUAAGCGAUUACAGGUACGGCUACUGAUGAUUUUCAUUGAAAAAGUUAAUACAAAAGUACAGAGUUAUUCUAUCUACAAACAGAAAUCUUUAUGGCUAAGCCUUAAGCUACAAAACAAUGUAUGGCUACAAAAGCAAAGACAUUUCUGGAGCUGGGAUGAAGGAAAGGAUGCUUUCUCCAAAAAGCUCAAACACUUUUACCAGGAGAGACCCAGAGUCUAAGUCAUCCUUCAAGACCUGCGCAAGCAUGGCUGAUGUUUUGAGAUGUCGCCCAUAACAAUCUCAAUAGACACCUGUACUGAGGAUGACAAUGGACCUGCAUUGGAACCUCCUGAAUUAGCAAUGGCAACUGUUUCACCCUGCAGGUGAGAUGGUGAACAAAUGCGGCCAUCACUAGCCAUUUUCUUAAGCGGCGGCUGCUCCACAUCGUCCAUGACUGCCUUGAGAUUAUCUUGAACAUCAAAUAAAAUCACCAGUUUUGAGAAACAA